AUGAGCAGCUUUUCAACACCAAAGAAGCCUGGAAUGCCAUCUUCGACAGCUUCAUUGUACAGCUCUUCUUCCGCAUCAAGUGUAACAGGUGCUUCACCAUCCACGCAAGGGGUACAACCUUCAUCAUCACCUGGAAGUGGAAAUGUAAAUACAUUGCUCACCGGGAUUGAUUUCAAAGCUAUUGAAGAUAUGGAUCCAUCUCUAGCUGAAGGACAUCGAGUGAUAUUUGAUAAGGAAAUACCCAUUGAAUUACGUACACAAGAUCAGAAUGAAUCUGAAUCCGAUCUUGGGACUCUUGAGGCCAUCAGAGUUAAAAUUUUAAUUCUUGAGGGAGAGGUAGAAGACGAUGCUUCUGUAAAGUUGGAAUUGACCUCUGAGGCAGAUCUGUUCUUCCAUUUUACACAUUCGAUGGGAAGAAGAGACUUUUUAGCCUUACAACAAUCUCAAAAAUUAAUGGUAGAUUUUCCAAACUACCCAAAGAUGCUCAGCAAAAUGUUAAAUGCUUGCAUCAAAGAGCCAGAAUCUUUUCUUUGUAUUUUGAUCAUGGAAAGAGAUGGAAAGGGGCACUUGAAUUUUGUGCAAAACAUGGAAUAUAAAUUUGUAGAACUGUUGAGUUUGGAAAUCCAAGAAAGUCCUGAACACAUUAUUCGACAACAUAUUUCAUUUAGAUACAAUAGCAUGAGGUCUAGAGUCGCAAUAUUGAAUGCCAGAUUACAAGAAGUCUCAACCAUUAUCAAAAUGAAAAAUCCAUCUCUACUGCUUCACUUAACUCGCACAGUUGCAGGUACAACACAACCUAAUACAACCUCACCAAGUGCCGGAUCUCAGAAAAAGAAAUAA